GCGAUUAUUUUGAAGUCGAAAAAGAAAUAUUUUUCCUAAUUUUUAUUCACAAAUAUCUAUUAAUUGUCUUAACUACUUGAAAAUUUACAAGAAAAUUUGUGUCUCAUCAUGGUUUUGAAGUAAAGAUCAUGUAUAGGGCUCGACAGAGAACUUUAAAAGAACUCAAAGUAGCAACAACAAAAGUGUGGAUUUGUCAUUGAAGAAAAAAGAAAAAGUUAAAAAAAAAUUACACUACCAGUAGAAGUUCCAACAACAAUAUAAUGUCUUCAAGCGAUUUACGUGAAUUAUUCGAGGCGUGUAAGACUGGUGAUUUAGUUAAAGUAAAAAAAUUGCUGACUACUAAGAAUGUGAAUGAAAUAGAUACUGCUGGUCGUAGAUCAACAGCUUUACAUUUUGCAAGUGGAUAUGGAAGGAAAGAUGUAGUUGAGUUUCUUCUUUCGAAUGGCGCUGAUAUUGCUGCACGAGAUGAUGGUGGAUUGAAUCCACUUCACAAUGCAUGCUCAUUCGGCCAUUCAGAAGUUGUUCAAAUUCUUCUCGACGCAGGAGCAAAUCCAAAUGCUUGUGAUAAUUGGAACUACACACCGUUACAUGAAGCUGUCAGUAAAGGAAAAAUUGAUGUUUGCCUUGCACUUCUUCAACAUGGUGCCAAUGCUGAGUUGAGAAAUUCUGAAAAUAAAACUCCAUUAGAUUUGGCAGACUCAAGUACGAAACCAAUUUUGACUGGUGAAUAUCGUAAAGAUGAACUUCUAGAAGCAGCAAGAUUAGGUGAUGAACAAAGACUUUUGGAACUUCUCAAUCCAUUAAAUGUAAAUUGUCAUGCAAGUGACGGUCGUCGAUCAACUCCACUACAUUUAGCUUCGGGUUACAAUCGAAUUCGUGUCGUUCAAAUUCUUUUACAACAUGGCGCUGAUGUUCAUGCAAAAGACAAAGGUGGUCUCGUUCCAUUGCAUAACAGUUCAAGUUAUGGACAUUUGGAAGUGUCACAAUUGUUGAUUAAAGCUGGAGCUAAUGUUAAUGCAUCAGAUUUGUGGUCAUUUACACCACUUCAUGAAGCAGCAUCGAAGUCAAGAAUAGAAGUUUGCAGCCUUUUGAUAUCCGAAGGUGCUGAUAUAAACUUCUUAAAUUGUCACAAUAAAUCACCAUUGGAUUCAGCUCCAAGAGAUCUUCAAGAAAGAAUGACAUACGAAUUCAAAGGAAUUUCUCUCAUCGACGCAUGUCGACAAUGUGAUAUUGUCAGAAUCAAAAAGUUUCUAACAACACAAACAGCAAAUUUUGUUCAUCCAUUUACUGGCGACACAGCACUUCACGUUGUUGCCAGCUCUGUGUUCUCAAAACGAAAGCAAGUCAUUGAAAUGUUGAUAAGAAAAGGCGUUCAAUUGAAUGUUAAGAACAAAGAUUUCUUAACACCAUUGCACGUCGCAACAGAAAAUUCGCAUUACGAUGUCAUGGAUUAUUUAAUAAAAAAUGGUGCGAAUGUGAAUUCUGUUGAUGGUUUAGGACACACAUGUCUUCAUCGUGCUGCUCGUGAUGACGAUGUUCAAGCUGUUCGUCUUCUUCUAUCGCAUUCAUGUGAUUCCACAAUUGUUUCACUUCAAGGCUAUACAGCAACACAAUUAGCGAAAGAAAAUGUUUUAAAAAUUCUUAAAGAUCCACCAUCGGAUGCAAUUGAUUUGGAAAUGCAACUUCUUGAAGCAUCUAAAAGCGGUGAUUUGUCAACGGUCAAAAGAGUCAUCACAUCAAAUCCUAGAAUUGUUAAUUGUCGUGACAUUGAUGGACGUCAUUCAACGCCAUUACAUUUUGCUGCCGGUUACAAUCGAAUAAGUGUUGUUGAGUUUCUUCUUGAAAGUGGCGCUGAUGUUCAUGCUUCUGAUAAAGGUGGCCUCGUUCCUUUACACAAUGCAAGUUCUUAUGGACAUUUUGAAGUGUCACAACUUCUUAUUAAAGCUGGUGCUAAUGUCAAUGCUUCUGAUCUUUGGAAGUUUUCUCCUUUACAUGAAGCAGCAGCAAAAGGGAAACAAGAAAUUGUGAAACUUUUAUUGAAGAACGGUGCAAAUCCAAACUUAAAGAAUCGUGAUGGUGCAUCAGCAUUGGAUUUAGUGAGAGAUCAAGAAGUAGCUGAUUUAUUACGUGGUAAUGCAGCACUUUUGGACGCAGCAAAGAAAGGAAAUCUCGCGAGAAUUCAACGAUUGUUAACUCCAGAAAAUAUUAAUUGUCGUGAUUCGCAAGGUAGGAAUUCAACUCCACUUCAUCUUGCUGCUGGUUACAAUAAUUAUGAAGUUGCUGAAUAUUUACUUGAACAAGGCGCUGAUGUUAAUGCACAAGACAAAGGAGGUUUAAUCGCGCUUCACAAUGCGAGCAGCUACGGUCAUCUUGAAAUUGCUGCUCUUCUCAUCAAAUACAACACGCAAGUUAAUGCGGUUGAUAAAUGGAUGUACACGCCACUUCAUGAAGCUGCACAAAAGAGUCGAACUCAACUUUGUUCACUUUUACUAGCACAUGGUGCUGAUCCAUUCAUGAAGAAUCAAGAAGGUCAAACAUGUUUAGAUUUAGCAACAGCUGAUGAUGUCAAAUCACUUUUACAAGAUGCGAUGUUUGCACGUCAACCUUUGAAUUUAUCAACAUCGACCUAUGUGCCAGCACCUGUUUCAGCAACAAUUGAAACUGUCACACUUCCAUCUGGUAACACAGUUGAUCUUCAAAUUACGAUGCCUUGUUUAAGUGCACGAUCAUGUUUAAGUCCCAUUCAAGGUGCUGAGUCAAACGUUGAGAAUACUGAAGAUGAUAAAACAACUCAAAUUGAUUAUUCUGAUGUUUCAAGCUUCUUAUCGAAACUUAAACUCGAUCAUCUCAACGAAUUAUUUGAACGUGAACAAAUAACGCUUGAAAUCUUAGCUGAAAUGGGUCAUGAUGAUUUGAAGCAAGUUGGUGUGACUGCAUAUGGAUAUCGACAUAAAAUUAUAAAAGGAAUCGCAACAAUGCGUGCAACACGAGGAUUUUCAUUUAAUUCAAAUCCAGGAACGGUUUUGAUUGAUUUACUGCCAAACGAUAAAGAAUAUUUGAUGGUUGAAGAUGAAAUGCAAUCAACAAUUCGACAACAUCAACGUGAUAAUGGCAACAUGGGUGGCGUCUUUAAUCGCUAUGGUAUUGUGAGAAUACAAAAGAUUCAAAAUCGAAAAUUAUGGGAUCGUUACGUUCAUCGUCGUCAUGAAGUUGCUGAUGAAAAUGGUGGACAAUUUAAUGAGAAAAUGCUUUUUCAUGGCAGUCCAUUCAUCAAUGCAAUCAUCCAAAAAGGAUUUGAUGAACGUCACGCUUACAUUGGUGGAAUGUUUGGAGCUGGAAUUUAUUUUGCUGAACAUUCAUCAAAGUCGAAUCAAUAUGUUUACGGAAUUGGCGGCAGUGGUUGUCAUGUUCAUCAAGAUAAAAGUUGCUAUCAAUGUCAUCGAUCUCUAUUGCUUUGUCGUGUUGCACUUGGAAAGAGUUUUCUUCAAUUUUCAGCUUUGAAGAUUUCUCAUUCACCACCAGGACAUCAUUCGGUCAUUGGACGACCAUCGGUCGGUGGCUUGCAUUUUCCUGAAUAUGUGAUUUAUCGUGGCGAACAAGCUUAUCCAGAAUAUCUCGUCACUUACCAAAUUGCUAAUGAUAAGACCGUCGAUGAAGAGACUGAUGUUGAACAGCUUAAAAGCUGAUGAAGUUGCGAUUCAAUAUUUCAAGCAUUUAAGCAUUCACUUUAUCAAACAUUCUGGCAACGUUCGUCAUGUCGUGAUGAUGAUAUUGACGAUGAUAUUGAUGAUGAUGCAUUUAAUGUUGUUUGCACAUGGAUGAAAUGAAAUAAUUUUCUUUUCUUUGUAAUCUAAAUAAAUAAUCAGGAAUUGGAAGAAGACUUGAAGUCGAUGAGCGUUGCAGGUGUAAAUAACAUCUGAUAAAAGAAAGCCAUGAAAAGAAAAUAAAAGAAAUUCCAAUUCCUGAAAUAAUUAUCAAAAUUAAUUUUUUUUAUCUCGUUGUCUACACAGUUUGACUUUUAUAAAAAAAGACUUUGAUUUAAAAUAUGAAAUUAUUCUGACAUUUUAUUCUGCAUAGACUCA